AGUACACCAGCCCCACAUACGUAAGCGAGUGGGGAAUCAAUUGAUUUCGAACGACGCCAUUGUUCAGUCUGAAUCCCACGAUACGUGGCCCGUGAGUGGUUCACCAGCGUUCACCACUGUGCCACAUCAAAGAUGGCAGCAGCGGUGACGUUCUCACAUCUAACCGCGAAUUACCGUCACGUGAUUUCACAGAAAGGCACAGCAGGGUUGCAGUUACCUCUUGCUGCCAGGAAGAAGAAGGGCGUCGCUGUUUUUGAAUCACUUGUGCUGCCUUUCAUCUCAUUUUACGUCCUUUCACACACACUUGUCGUUUUUAUUUUUAUUAUGUUUUAUUUUUUAUUUUGACCCAUAUACGCCGCACGAUAAUUGAAAUCAUUUCGGAACGGGUCUGUAAUGAACCACAGUCUUUCAUUUCCGCCCGUCGACCUGAUGGUCGCCUCUUUGACUUGAUGCUCCGCUUGAACAACAAAAAUAACAAAGCAACUUUUGAUGCUGAGAAUGAAUUUAUUGGCAUUCUUUGUUGCGGCUCUGCAAAUUCACAGCGUGACGCCUGUGAGUCACACGCUCAGUUAUUUCAUGACGUGCUCUCAAGUUCCAAACCUAUCCGAGUACUUUGAGGUCGCGUAUGUUGACGGCGUUCCGAUUUUGCACUACGACAGCAAGAGCAGGAAAACAAAAGCCAAACAGGACUGGAUGAAGAAAAUCACAGCAGAUGAUCCUCACUUCUGGGAGAGAGAAACAGAGAGCAGUAUUGGUUCAGAGCAGGUCUUCAAAAGCAACAUUGAAAUUGUAAAAGAGCGCUUCAACCAAACUGGAGGUGUUCACAUGUUCCAGCAGAUGUACGGCUGCGAAUGGGACGACGAGACCGGUGAGGUUGAUGGUUGGGAAGACCUCAGUUACGAUGGAGAAGCCUUCAUCUCGAUGGAGGUGAAGGCAAUGAGAUGGAUCGCAGCUCAACCACAAGCUUUCGUCACCAAACUCAAGUUGGACCGUGACGAACGUUUGAAUCAACAAAGGAAGCAUAUCCUCACUAGGAUUUGUCCUUCUUACUUGAAGAAGCACGUGGCCAAUGGGAGGGACGUCCUCAUGAGAACAGAGCUUCCCACGGUGUCUCUCCUCCAGAAGACGCCGUCCUCUCCGGUCACCUGCCACGCGACGGGUUUCUACCCCAGCGCGGCCGCCCUGUUUUGGAGGAAGGACGGCGAGGAGCUCCACGAGGACGUGGAGAUGGGAGAGACCCUCCCCAACCCCGACGGAACCUUCCAGACGACGGCCGACCUGAAAGCGGAGGUGACCGAUGAAGCCGAGGGCCGCUACGAAUGCGUGUUCCAGCUGUCCGCCGUCAAGGACGACAUCGUCGCCAAGCUGGAGAGAAGAAGCAUCCGGAGCAACGCGCGCAUCCGAGAAGAAGAAAAAAAGAAGACGAUGUUGACCAUCAUUGCCGUUGCCGUGGCGGUCCUCUCUCUCGUGGCGGUCACGGUCGCGGUCGGGGUCGUCAUCAAGCGCAACAGAAGCGGACAAGGAAAAUACUCUCAAGCUUCCGUUUCCAACUCUUCAGCCGUUCCCGACAAUUCUCCGUCGCCAAGUGAGACGCAGCAGCCGUCACGCGGUGUCGCAACACAAGUGACAUGUCUCCUUCGGGAUUUUCAAAUCACGUGAUGUUAUUUGUGCAAUGAUUUGUACAUGAAAACCAUUUGUGCAAUUAUGUUCCUGUUAAGUCGCGCUCAAUUUGUUUUGCUAGGUUUGGCGUAUUAGGUGAGAUUUUGAGGAGUUCGUCGAAAUCUUUGUUGAUUUUUGUGUCGGUUCAUCAGUCAGCGUCACGUCAUAAAAAGGAUUUCUUCUCUCCUUGUAUCAAUCAAUUGAGUUAUUAAACAACUGAACCUAAAUCAAUUAAAUAUUAACUGCAAAUGUAUUUGACUUAAAAGUUAAAUACGACCGAAUUGUACUUCAAAAUGUCCUUUUUUUUUUUGUUUAAACGGUGUAUGCUUAGCUACAAGCUUCCUUCCAAUCUGUCUGAUUGUAUUUCGUCUUUUACAGGUUAUCAUUUUUAUUUGUAUUUCAUUCAGUGGUUUUUCUUCGCAUACCACGACAGAGAGAAACGCCACAUUCGCUCUCGCUUCAACAAACAACAAUGACAAUGUUAUUGCUUGCGCUUGUUAUUUGAACGGGGGAGGAACAUAUUGGACCAAUAAAUGGAUGAGCAGAGACAAGCAUGGGAAUGCAAAAUGGAGUGCACUACUUGACUGCGACCAGCAGAGGCGCUGUCGCUUCACGCUCAACGGGUUUGCUGUGGAAGAAGUUCAGCACGGCGUCGGCUCUGUGGGAAGUGGAGGGACAUCCCUGCUGCUGGUUUUCUCCCUUGGAAAGAAAAUAGCAGUCGGAAGUUUUGAUUAUUGUGGCAAUUCGCGGGAUAUCACUCAAAAAUGCACGCACACGCAUGCGUACACAACACGUAUUGUUCUGUGACUGUUAACAAUUGACUUUAUUUGUAUAUUUGAUUAAUUCAGCUCUGUUAACAUUCAAUGAUUGUAAGUUGUUUUUCCUGGACUGGUUUUGAUAACUAGAAUGCAACUUCCUGUUACUUUUUUUGUUAUCAAACUGGAUUUGGAAAGUGGUUCCAGUGGCAUCCAGGCCACAGGUCCUUGUGUGGAGUUUGCAUUUUUGCGCAUUAUAGUAUGUAAGUAUAAUAUUAAAAAAUAAUUUUAAAGAAUGUUUACAAAGUUGGUGAUUAUAGCGGGAGAACUUUGCAGUCAGUUAAAAUUAACAAAAAGAUGUACUUGUUUUUUGUUUUUUUAUUUCACACUUGAUUGGGUCGUCACUCCUGACAUUAAGUGUUUGUAUGCAAGACAUUAAAAAUGGAAUUUUACAUGUCUCCGCAGACAACAAUCAUCGCCAUAGAGUUCGAUGGCGGGGUCGUGCUUGUCAUGGUCUGUUUUGGUUUGGGUUGUGUUUAGUUUUGUUCCAUGUUUGUCGUGUGCUCAUGAGGGUGUCGUGUCCACCUGUUCUCGUCUACUUUGCGGCGACCAAUCAGCUCUCUCCAGCCACUCGUUUCUCGUCAAUUUGUUUGUAUUUAGUUCCCUGGUUUCUUUCAGUUCUGGUCGGUCCAUUGUCGUUGUCACGUCUUUGCCAUGUCAUCGUCGCCAGUUGUCUUUUAUCAUUGUGAUUAAAUAUUAUUAUUUUGAGACUCCCGCA